UGCCGCUGGCGCACGCUUUGCUUCGCAUUAGAAUUUGUUUUGUUGUGUUUAAUUAAGGUAAAACCGUGCGUUUUAUGACGGCCUGAAAAUAACUUAAUACGAGUCAUUAUCAUGCGGUUCGCCCAAAUAAUAGUGGGUCCUGCAGGCAGUGGCAAGUCGACGUACUGCAGCUUAAUGCAGCAAUAUGCGAUGGACUCCAAGCGAAAUAUCCAGGUGGUGAACCUCGAUCCGGCGGCAGAGCACUUUACUUACAACCCGCUGACCGAUAUUCGCGAACUUAUCCACCUGGACGAUGCCAUGGAGGACGAGGACCUGCACUACGGACCGAACGGCGGCCUCAUCUUCUGCCUGGAGUUCUUGAUCGAGAACCAGGAAUGGCUGAAGGAACAGCUCUGCGGCGGCGAGAACGAGCUGAUGGUGGGCGAGCCUGAUGAUGACUACAUCCUGUUCGAUAUGCCUGGCCAGAUCGAACUGUUCACGCACCUGAAGAUGGGCAGGCAGCUGGUGCAACUGCUCGAGUCCUGGAACUUCCGCACGUGCGUCGUCUUCUGCUUGGACUCGCAGUUCAUGGUGGACGGGGCCAAGUUCAUUUCCGGCACCAUGGCCGCACUCAGUGUUAUGGCCAACAUGGAGCAGCCGCACAUCAACGUGCUGACCAAAGUGGAUCUGCUGAGCAGCGAUGCCCGGAAGCAGCUGGAUAUGUAUUUGGAACCGGAUGCCCACAGUCUGAUGGGGGAACUUACCAUUGGGACUGGCUUUGGCGAGAAAUAUGCAAAGCUUACGGAGGCUAUAGGCUCGCUGAUUGAGGAUUUCAGCUUGGUGAGAUUUUUCCCGUUGGAUUCCCAGGACGAGGAGAGCGUGGGCGAUCUUCUGUUGCAAAUUGAUAAUAUUUUGCAGUACGGCGAGGAUGCAGACGUAAACGUUAAGGACUUUGAUGAACCGGAGGAAGCGGAACGGGAUUAAUAUAGAAUCAAUUUAUAUUAUUGCUUAACAAAA